CUGCAGAGCUAAAGAGCAAGUGUGUGCAGGCGGGGAUCCGAAACAGAGGAGCGACUGUUGAGUGCAGCAGGACUGCUAGAGAAAGAAAAAAUGGUAGGAGUUGCAGGAUUCUGAGUUUCGAAAGGGACGCAGGAAACAAGCAACUUACUUGCUUGGACGGAAAGCAAUGUGGAAAGAAGUGGGACAGAGAAGAGUAAGUGCAUUAGGGUUAAUGAAAGUGACAUUUUAACGGAGAGAGACUGAUGAGAGUUGAGAACCGUGGUGAGGAUCAAGGAGGAGCCGGUGCGGGAGUUUGUGUGAGAGUCAUGCAGCCGAGCAGGGGAAUGGAUGGAGAGAUUUGUCAGGACGCCCAGCACAGUCGGCAAACACACAAACGGAGGUCAUCUAAAAACAAGGCCCCCCUGCCUCCAGCGGUGGUGCAUGGUCUGAGUAUGUCAUCUAAUGUCCCUGCAGUAACACACACUACCAUGGAGCAGAAGGAGAAUUUACUGGAGCAAGAGCUGUUACUGACAGUGGUGCUGCCUGAAGGGGUGGAGAAGACCACAAUGGUUCAUGGAAGUAAACCCAUGAUUGACCUACUCGUGAUGCUGUGUGCAAAGUACCAUCUCAACCCAUCAGGCCACACCAUUGAGCUAGUCUCCACCAAUAAGAAUCACAUAAAGUUUAAGCCUAAUGCUCUUAUUGGUGCUCUGGAGGCUGAGAAGGUUCUGCUCAAGCCCAAAGGUAUGGAGGACCAGAAUAAGAAGACUGGACCACAAAUGCCAGAGGCUACUGUGCGUCUGGUAAUAAACUAUAAAAGGACCCAGAAGACAAUUUUGCGAGUGAACCCUAAGAUUGCUCUGCAGGAACUGCUGCCUGCUAUCUGCGAGAAAUGUGAAUUUGAUCUCCAGAGUACCGUGCUGCUGAAGAACGUGCACUCACAGGAGGCUUUGGACCUGAGCAACUCUCUCAAUGAUCUCAGCCUCCGGGAGCUCUACGCCAGAGACACACGGGUUAUCAGUCCAACAGACUUCCCUCCAUCACCAACUCAUUCAGAUGUUAUUCAACCUAGCAAGGACAAACUCCAGAAAGAAAAGGAAAAUAAAGGCCUGUUUGGCAUGUUCAGACGAGGAAGUAAGAAGAAAUCUGAUCAGACAUCAACUGUGAGUGCGCCAGCAUCUCCAAUCAACAGGAAAUCAAGACCUAUGAGCAUGAGUUCCAUCAGCAUGCAUUCCUCAACAUACGACUCCAACACUAUGCCGUCUGACGCACCGAAGAAGAGACGGGCCCCUCUGCCCCCACAGAUGACACCCUCUGACCUCAGCCAUAUGCACAGCAACUCUCAAACAAGCAGUCAUCCUGAUGGCAACCAGGUCACAGCGUCUCUGAGACGAAGUUUAUCUACCGAUUCGUCUCUAAAGAGGAGUAAGAGGAAGGCCCCACCACCCCCUGCCUCCCCCACCAGCCCCUCAAUGACCCAUGAUGAAAAAACGCAGGAUACAGCUGUAACAGGGUUGCUAGCAACUCCUGAGGAGCUUCCAGAAUAUCAGGAGUCUUCUAUGGUCUCCGACACUACUGUUGUCACUGUAAGCUCCAGUCCUGAGAGUUUGAGUCCUCUACCAGAGCUUCUAGAGGAUGACAGCAGCGUUAACCUCUCUGCGGACAUCUCAAUGGACUCUGGCAGAGCUGAAACUGCCUCCCCGACUCAGGAUUCAGAGAUGGAAAGUGCAGCUCCACCUAGGGAGAGCCUACAAAAAGUGUCCUCUGAUCUGACCACAGAUGGCAAAGUAGCUGCAGACUCUGAGGUGAAAAAUCAGCCAGAGGCUGAUUCCAAUGCUCGAUUACAGUCAACAAAUGGUGCCAGUGUUGAUGAAAGGACUGAAACGGCAUGUUUAACUGCUGAAUGUUCUACAGCAUUGAAGGAAUUGAGCAUUGCACCAAUGGAUGCAGCUCAGGGUUCUAUAGACCUAGUCUCACACACCCAGCAGGCAGAGCCACAGGCUCCUCCUAAGCCUAGUUAUGCAGCAGCUGCAGUACAAACAACACCAAACGCUUUCUCCACUGCAACAAGUGCAAGUCAGACACACACUGAAAUUCAAACAAAGACGUGCGGCUUAACUGAGGCUACACCUACCCCGGAUUCAUUCGCCUGUAUGCCGGUAGCUUUAGGUAGCCCAAAAAAGGACAUGGCCACAUCUACAGAAGAGACCCAAAGACAAGAAAUUCACCCUGUUCAAAGCGUUGAUACGCAGACAUCCACACACACUCACCUCCCCGAAGGCCCCAAAUCCACACAGACUCCCAGCCCUGAAAAUCAAAAGCCACCACAAAUUUCCUCAGGAGCUAAACAUGGAAGCUUACAGUACGUUGUUGCCUCUGAGACUAAGCCUAAGCCCUCAAAUGAACUCACCCGUGAAUACAUCCCCAAAGUAGGAAUGACCACCUACACUGUUGUGCCUCCGAAGACCUUGGACAAGCUACGCUUCUUUGAAGUGGAGCUGACGCUUGAGUCUUCCAGUGUGCCUGGAGUUCAGGAAGUGAAUGUGGAAUCUUUAAGUCAAAAAGCUACAGCAGCAGCAGCAUCUCCCACUAGGUUUGAAUGCAGGCCUGGCAGUAUCAGUGAUCUUUCUCCACCCAUUUCCCCAACUGUAGAAUCUCCUUCAAACUCCUCUUGUAUACUUCAGGCCAAGGAGAAGAAAGUUCCACCUGCAACCAGGCCCAAACCAGCUUCUUUCCGCUUACCACAGAACAAAAGAACACCUGGAAGUUACGUCAGCUCAGCAUUGGUGCGCAGUAUGAGUUUGAGUGAGGAAAAAGAGCCUCUACGUAGCCCGCAGAGGGAGAGUUUCCAUGGGUUUAUGCAGGAGACCUUCCCCCCUCCUCCACCACCCAUCCAGUGGGAGGAGGAGAUGAAGAGUACAGAGGAGCAGCAUAUUUCUCCACCAACAUCUCCUUCAAAGCAGGAGAAGAUGGAGAGAUCUAGUCCCGCUUCCUCACCGAGAGAGACUGAAGUGUUCAGUGGAUCAGCACAUUCGGUCUUGUCGCGCCAAAUGAGUUUACCAACUGCUGGCCUGUCUCUGGAAAAACUGCGGAGUUUUGCUGCACCCAAGCCAUACUCAUCAUCCACACCAUCACGCUUUGCCCAGGCUGUCAAUUCUGCAGUCAAGAGAUCCCAGUCUGUUACCCAUAAUCCUGAUAGGCUGUGUGGACACAAGGUGCCUUUGUCGAUGACUAAACGUUGCACAAUCAGAGAGGCAGAUGAGUUUGUUGAAUUGCCCACUUCAAGGGAUGUGGACAGUGGGCAUGGACAGAGGAAGAGCAGCAGUAACUCCUAUGGUUCUCCAGUUGAGGACACAGAGGACGUGUGGAAAAGGAGAACACCUGAGAUCUCCACAAAUAGUUGCUCUAACACUCACUGCAUCUGAGGAUGUUUGGUGUCUCCUGUGAUGUGUCCAAUCCAGAAGACUUUACCUGCACAGGAACACUUCUAUUUAACCACUUCUUUAGCUUUAACCUAUAUCCCAGUUUAGUGCCUUAAUGAGCACUUUUUGAGCUCAGUGCCAUUACACCUUGUCCUCACCCCCAAUUCCUCUUUUCCAUCCACUGUAAGGAUACUCCAGCUCAGCGCACCUAAACCAAGAACAUUACACGAGGACCACAUCUCUGUAAAUGUGUUUUCGCUUAUUCGAAUUCUCUGUGUUGGCAAUUUUCUAAUGCUUGAUUGAAUUUCUCUCCAGGAAGUAACAUCUGUUGAGAAACACAUGCCGUUUUGUGCAGAAUGCAUUUAUCUUUUAUUACAACAGAGCGCUGCUAGAAAAGAUAAAUUCACAACUUUCAGUUGCUUUCAGUACCUGUGAGCUUAUUGUUUAAUUAGCAGUUUAUAGAAAAUAUCACACUCAGCUAAAUCUGACAGUGGAAACAGGGAUCAUGACUAUUUUCUUUCAUUACAUAAUCAGUUUCACUGUACAUUUAGAAACUCUAAUUGCGCUCAGCUGUUUUCAGUGUUAAAACUGACAUAUGCUAGCAGGCCAUUAUUGGAAUACCUGCUGGAAAUGUCCAUGCACUCUUUUACCUGUACUUUUGCUCACCUUUUCUGUCUGCAGAAUGCCUUUGAGUGUGUGUAAAAUCUUAGCAGUAGUUAAUACAGAAGUUAAUAUAGACUCUAAGCACACACCUGAUGCUCUUGAGGGAACAAUUUCACUGGGUUUAAAACAUUAUUAUGCACAGCAUUUGCCAUUUUUGAAAGCUUGACUAUACUUUUUGCAUUUAUUAUCGCAUCUAUCUCAAAUGCCUUAUAUUAAAACCUUUCUUAAUCCUCAUGUUCCUAUUGAUUUGUGUGCAUUCUGAACCUGAUAUUUUAUACGAGUUUCAUUAAUUUUGAAUAUGUUCAGGUUUAUGGAAGAUGGGUUAUGUUUGUGUGAUUCCCUUUAACUUAUUAGAUGUAGUGUGUAGAGAUUGUGACUAUCAGUUCAUGUGGAAAAGGUACUCGGAUAUGCCAGACUGGUGUUGCCUUAUACUUGUGUGCAUGUAUACUGAAUGCAUACCUUGAGUGCAGCUAAACAUUACUGGUGGACAUGACAUAGCUGUAAAUUACAUGUCAUGAUUACAAUGAAGUAAGCAGUAUGUAAUGGCAUGUACCUGCACACAUAUAAUAAUAUAUUACACAUAUGGGGGUUAUGUGUAACAAACAGGUGUGAGGGCUGCAAAAAGGAAAAAAAAACUUUUUAACAAAGCUGAGCACAAAGAGAAACACUGGUUUGCUCAUGCUUGUUUCAAAGACAGUUCUGCUGUAAUAUAUUUUCAAACUGUGCAUUAAAGAGUAAUGCAUAAACCUUU